UUGGAUGCAGGCGCCGCGGGGCGGGGAAGCUGCUGCCGCGCGGUUGGAGCGGACACGCCUCGGGCCCGGCUGUGGCUGAGGAGGCGGCGGGGGGCAUGGCGGAGACCGGCUCGGUGCAUGAGACCAGGUUUGAGGCGGCCGUGAAGGUGAUUCAGAGCUUGCCCAAAAAUGGACAAGAGAAACCUGAUCCCCCUCAUUUCAGCCCCCUCGAGAGCUCGUCGAGAGGGUCCCUGGCAGGCAGCUGGCAUGUGAGGAGACCCCAGAAGGGCUAGGCCGUUACUGUUGGAUGAGGAGGGGACUGUCUGAAUGACACUUGCAAUUAAAUAUGGUUCAUUCCAGCCAACAAAUGAAAUGAUGCUCAAGUUUUAUAGCUUUUAUAAGCAGGCAACCCAAGGACCCUGUAACAGUCCAAGACCUGGAUUCUGGGAUCCUAUUGGUAGAUAUAAAUGGGAUGCUUGGAGUGCAUUGGGAGAUAUGCCCAAAGAAGAAGCCAUGAUCGCAUAUGUUGAAGAAAUGAAAAAGAUUCUUGAGAGUAUGCCAAUGACGGAGAAAGUUGAAGAAUUACUACAUGUGAUAGGUCCAUUCUAUGAAAUAGUAGAGGAGAAAAAGAACAGAGGAUCUGGCCUAACAUCAGUCCGACUGGAAAAAGUCUCUAAAUAUUUAGAAGACCUUGGUAAUGUUAUGACUUCCACACCAAAUUCCAAGGCUGUAAAUGGUAAAGCUGAGAGCAGUGACAGUGGAGCAGAAUCAGAAGAGGCAGAGGAUCAUGAAGAAGAGGAAAAAGAAAUACAGCAAAGUGAAAAAGACUAUGAGAAUCUGAAGCAGGACUCAACAGCAGUUAAGGAUUUGGAAAGUAUUGUCACCAAUGGCUGUUACAAGGACAGUUUUAUUUCAGAUUUGCCAAUUCGCACCCAGACUAAAUCUGCCCUGAACAGCGUAAAUAUGGAGGAAGAAAUAAAGAAAGUGGAGCAAAAACUAGAAUUAACGGUGGAAACUAAUAAUGAUGUUCGCCAAGGUGCAAAUGAAGACAGCGUUGAAGAGAUUUCAGGAAUUCAGCACUUGACAAGUGAUUCAGACAGUGAAGUUUAUUGUGAUUCUAUGGAACAAUUUGGACAAGAGGAGCCCUUGGAAAUCAUUACAUCAGCCAAAGGAUCUUUACAGCAUUCAUCCCAUUUCUUGGAAGUAGAUCACAGUCAUCAGUUGGAAAAUGCUGUUUUUUCUGAGCAUGCUCACCUGCCCGCUGAAGAUAUAAUGGAGGUAGCAGUUGAAGGAAAAGGUGAAGUCAAGUGUGGUGGAGAAGAUGGCAAAAGCAGUGAUGGAGGCCCUCAUAAAGAGAAGAAAGGUGGAGAAAAGGUGGAUUUCCAUGGAGUACGAAGAGGGAGAGGGCAUAGGAUGCAGCCUCUGGGCGAUGGUGCUCAAGGUGGACAGAUAGGGAGUGGAGGAGAUGGAGAACGCUGGGGGUCAGACAGAGCACUGAGGGGCAGCCUCAAUGAACAAAUUGCAGUAGUGCUCAUGAGGUUACAAGAAGACAUGCAGAACGUGCUUCAGAGACUGCAUACACUGGAGGCACUGACAGCCUCCCAGGCAAGAUCACUGACACUACAGUCAAAUUUACAACCUGCCUCACCUGUUAAGAGACCAUCGUGGUGGCCCUUUGAGAUUUCUCCUGGCACUUUAGCCUUUGCUGUUGUAUGGCCCUUCAUUGCCCAGUGGUUGAUGCAUGUAUAUUUUCAAAGAAGGCGAAGAAAACUGAACUAAGAACUUAAUUUUUGAUUUCACUUAAAGACUACUAGAACUGGGAAAGCCUGGAGAGAGAAGGAAUUCACAUGAGAACCUCAGGACCUGUGAUGGCUAAAUUUCCCUUCUGUUGUAGUAAUUUUUUGCACUACGUGUGAGUUAACCACUUAAGGACUAACAUUAUUGAUACUUGAAUGAUCCACUGCUCCUAGGUUACAAGUAAAAUGAAUUUAAUUAUCCCGCCCUUAAACCACAUGAACCUUAAAUUAUUAACUAUUAUUUUGGAAUGGAUUCCUGCCUGGUCAUUCUGUGGAGAUGACUGAUUUUUCUUAUGGCAAUUGAUAAUAAAGUAAACAGAAAAAAAACCCUGUGUAUAUAUAGAAUAGAACAUUUGUAAAACUGUAACUUUAAAGUGAGGAUGAUUUUGUAAUUGCAGUAACUCAGAUUUAUUUCACUUGUUCCAUAUUGUGAAAUCGAAACAGUGACUGGGCAGACAGUAUAAGUUCUGUCUACAUAAUUAUAUGGUAGCUAAAAAGGCUGCAUAUAACAUUGUCGCUUUGAAGGGCUCAACUGGUCUGUUUUGCUGAUAGACAGAUUUGGGCUAAAUUUCUUUGUACAGCAGUCAUCGGUGGAGUCAAAUAUUUGACUUGAUAAUCCUGCCAUUUAUUGCACUUCUAUAUGUACCCACUUCCAAAACCAUUUUACUCUUAGCAGGCAAGCAUCUUGUCUGUUAGAGACUAGGUAGUAACAAGGGGAUUGUUGAUUAUAAUGUUGAGACCGUCUGUGCUGUAGAAGAGCCAGAGAGAGAGAAGAUGCACUGAACGAUACAUUCAUACAGGUAUUUCUUUACUGCUAACAGGUUACAUUUUAACAAACAUACAGUUUAUGCACACCGUGCUUUAAAAUACAAGAUAAAAAUUAUCUACACCCCGUAUUUGUAAGAUUUUACAGGUUAAAGUAAAUUUUAUAUUAUUUUAAUCUAGCCCCAACAUCUGUGUAGCCUUUCCCACACCAAAACCUACUGGAGAGAAAACCCCUAUUUCCAUAUUUUCCUUGUAUCCCUCCACUACAUCAAAAUAUUUUCCAAGAUGUUUAUUAUCCUAAUUUUGGUCCAGAUUUUCCUUUCCAGUGAUAUUUGUUCAUACAUAUAAAUUGUAAUGAUCAAUAUAAACAUGUGAAUAUAACAAUUUUGUGAAGUUUGCUUGGUCAAAGCAUGCUUUGCUGUUUGAUUAUAAAAAAAAAAAAAAAGUAUCUAAGUUACAUAGCCUAAAGCUCUGGAAAAGGGGAGCAUUAUAUUAAGAUUACUUUUUCUUUAUGAAGUAAGAAAUCAGACCUAGACAGUAAAAUGUUUAUUUUGCAUUUGCAAUGAAGAUAAGAAAAAAUUCAUUAUGCCAUAAUCUACAUUUAAGAGAUGAAUCUUAAAAUUAUCCUGUUGUUUGUUGUCAUUCUUCAUUCAGAAUUAUAUGUUACAAAUAAUUUAUGGGAAAUGUCUUUUGGGAUAAGACAUGCUUUCUGCCCUGUACAGUCUCUUAUUUUCGAAUUUUUGAAAGCACUUUUCAUACAAGUUAUACUGUAUAAAACAGAUGUAAUUAUAGGUUUUAAUGUUUCUGCCUUGCUUACCAGAAUAUGAUUUUAAUCUUGUCUUUAAGUACUUUUUAAAAAAAGAGAUUUCUUCCUCUUCUGAUCUUAGUCUUUGAGUUACUAAAUAAAGUAUCAGGAGAACAUCUCUGAUAUCAUGUCCUUACAAGCUGUUGUUUUGGUGUAACACAUAAACAAACCUCGCAUGAAUGGAGAUGCUGAAAAUGUGUUUAAAUUAAACUAAUUAGACAAUGGAAAUUUUGCUAUGGUUGAGAUUUUAGGCGUCUCUGAAAUUAUUCUGCCUGUACUUUAAACAGUUGAUUGUGUCAUUAGACAGUGAAAAAAAUUAAGUGGUCAUUGAGCAAGGAGAGACUACAUUAAAGGCUAGUUACACACAUUUUUGAGAAAAUAGGAUUGUGACUCUGCCAUCACUUACUGCAUGUAUUGGUGAAGAUGACCACACACAUAGUACCAUUUGCAUCUCCCGGGCUAUUAGUGUAUGCAAAAAAUAACUCCGUUCACUCUUUUUAAAGGCCUCUAACAAACGUAGAAACAUUCAUCACAAUAUCUGCGUUACUACUGGAUUAUUAUGCAGUCAGUACAUAAGUGUCUACCAACCCUCCCAAAGUGACAUUCUGUGGAAAGAAACACGUUUUAAUACAAAGCAAAACUGUUAUUCUACAGAUGCUGCUUCCCUGUGCUCUUCCAGCAUUGGCAGUGUAGGUAGAUAUUCCUCACUAGGCAUGACUAGAAACCUUAUUUAGGGCCUAACUUACAGGGUUAAAGUGGUAGUUUGAGACUGGACCUUCCCAUGUUUUCUUUUCUAUGAAGGCCUGUAACAGGCUCGUUUUUGCCACUUCACAGGGUCAGAGAGAUUAGCUGGCAGGACAUGUGACAGAAGUUAACUCCUGAGAGCCUUUCUAAACAAAUCAGUGUGGCUCUGAUGCCCUGCAUAUGCUACUUCAGCUGGCACUGUCCAAAUGUUAGCUGAUAGAAGCCAGUUGGGUUUGGAGAAAGUUGUUUUCCACUUAUUUAGCUCUCAUCACAGUAGCUAUAUAAUCAUGCAGCGGGGUUGUACUUCCAGCAUGGAGUGCAUAGUAGGAGCCAAAUCAAGAGACAGCUCCUUGCUAUUUUCCCAUUAAUGCAUGGGAACAGUGGCAUUUACAUACUGAUUUCAGAGAAGGAGACAAUUGCAGAGGCAGGUGGUCAGCAGAUGAUUAGAAAUAAAACAAGCAAUUCUUGGACUCAAGGAGAUAUGAAACCUACAUAUUGUGAUUAGGCGACGCCUGCUAGAUCUGACAUACGUAAGGAAGUCAUAGAAGGCAAAAGACUUGGGGACCCUGUAAUCAAGGUGGUAGUGCUUUUCUACCACCAGCUUCUUUUCCGUCCAGAGCAGCAAGAAUGUAAAUGAAAGCCUAGGCACUACCACUUGUAUAGAAUAGGCCUGGGGAGGAUAAGGGGGUGCCAUGUGAUUGGCCAAUGGCUCAAUGCCUACAAGUGAAGGGGGCAGAAAAUUAAAAACUACUGCCGGGGAGAAGGGUAGAGUAAUUUAUAAAUAAGUAUUUGAAUGUCUUAGACUUAGAUAAAACAUUGUAAAUUGAGUCUUCCUCCUCAGUGACAUUACUGACCCACCGUAUUCUAAAUACUUAUUUAAAUCUAGUGGAUUGGAGGAAGGGUUGGAGGUGGAAGCAAAGCAUACAGCACUAAACUCUCAAUUGUGUAUACUAUAUAAAAUGUUCAGAUUGGUUCUUUUUUCAGUCUCAGCAAGAUACCUGUUUCUUAGCAUAUGUAAAUAGUGCUCCUCAGAACUUUAAAAUAUUUUCAUUAUAUAGGUUUCAAAAAAGUAUAAGAGGAAAGUCUCAAAAAGAAAUUGAAGGUUGCAUGUAAAAGAGGAAGUAGUAUAAAGCCACUAUGAAACAAACUGGUAAGAAAGCAUAGUGCUAGGUGAUGGACCACACAGUUUUAUAAGGACAGGUUCUAGUGCUCAAUAGAAAACAGUAAAAUGUUUUAUUGUACUAAAAUGAGCUAAAUUUAACUCAUGAACAGUCACAGAACAAGAGAGUCCACUGAGCUCCUUUGUAAAUGAUGGUGAGUGAAUUCCAAAAGCAACUGGAGGCAGAGUUGACUUCUCACAUAUGGGAGUGGUUUUAAGAGGAGUCUGCAGUUACUAAAGCCUAGGCUUAAUUAGCAAAGGUACAGUCAAUAUUUCAAAGUUUCUUGGCCUCAACUGUCUGUGCCAUAUAUAGAUUAACAGUAUCUCAGCAGUGACUAGGGCUAUAAAGCUAAGUGCCCAAGAUGUGACCUUUAACUACAGAGAUUUCAGUGGACUUGAUUCUACUUCUUGAUUUUUUUAUUCUAUACUUAACUCAAUCUAGUUGACACUAGCUAGGAUGAUAUUGAGGUCAGCUGGAAGCUUUGAAUUGUGUGUAACUUAAGGAACAGAUAUGGAAUGCAUGGAAACCAAGGGGCCUGAAAAGAAACUGCUGGCCUAUGUCCAGUGCACAAACGACCAGAGGCAGAAUUCCACAGCUUCUGCAUUCAUCAUAGAUUAAAUAAAUUACUAAGGGGAGACUGAAGGCCUCAAAACUUUUUACUUUGCUUCAGAGUCAUAGGAAAGGGUAACAGUGAAUCUUUGAAAUACACCAUAACGAAUAAAAAACUCUUUUUUGAAGUCAACAUGUAAUACUUAAUGCCAUUAUAGCUGGAUAGUAAAACCUACAUGAAAGUCAGAGGCUAUUCAUAUUAUGCCACUGUUCAGACCAAGAAAAAUAUGAUCUUGUUCAGCAAUGUUUUAUUGGAAUGCAUACUAUUCCUCUUAAUACCCUACUCUUCAACUUGUCUACAAAACUUAGUGUGUAACAUUUCCCAGUUCUGUCUUUAUUUUGACUUGCAAGACUAUGGUAAAAUAUAUAAACCUCUAAACUCUGUUCCUUGAAAGUUUUUGAAACAACAGCCAGAUGUUAAAGUUUUUGUUUAUACAUGUUUUACAAUGGUUUGAUUUCUAGUUUUAUAUUAAUGUAUUAGACUAUGUAAAAAGACAGUUCAGCCUGGCAAAUAGUUCUGUAAUUCAUGAUGCACAUUGUAAUUAAUUUGAAAGAUAUUUAAAUAAAAGCUUAUCAAUUUGUGAGCCUUUAAA